UUCUACAGUCUGCUUAGCCCAGAAGUAUACUUAUAGCCCGCGCAUCCGGCGCAUCUCGAUUCUCAGGCCUCAGCACGACUCAUGUGUAUUGUUGUACUAUUGUGUAUAGGUAUACAUCUUGGGUAGUACAGAGGCCGCAGGGAGACUGUAUACUGUAUAGCAGUAGCGGGCAGAGCAGCAUUUUCGUGGAUUCUGAGUGUCUAUAAUCCGGGACGAUCCGUGUGCUGCUGCGUUGGAAAACCUAAUAGUAUUAACGAGCUCCGCUCGGAGAAGAGAGUCGAGCUCAAUGGACAUGGAGGAAGAGAAUGGCAAGAGAAGCAGAGGCAGAAAUAGAGGCCGUGUAAGAGGCAGGGGCAGAGGACGAGCAAGAGGUCGUACUAAAAAAGCCGUCAAGGUCAUUGAAAGUGAUGACGAGGAUAUUCCUCAAUCUUCGGAAGAAAAUGCAAUGGAUACAAGUGUACCUGAAUCAGAGCCAGCACAGGAGCAAGUGCACCAAUCAAUGCAGCAGAUACAUUCGGUACCACAUGCACAGCAAGUACAGCCAGUGCCACAAGUGCUGCUGCAAGUGACGCCCAUUCACCAGUCCACACUGGAACCCCAGUUUGAUUUAGAAGCAGAUAUUUCGCAAUUGGAAGCACCCACAUUUACCACAAUUAACAGAGGGCCUCCAGAACCAAUGCUCAGGUUAAGAUGGGACCAUCGCGUAAAUUUGAUUGGUGAAAAAGUUUUAAAUCCAAUGAUCCAUUGCUGUGACAAGUGUUUGAAGCCAAUUCUCAUCUAUGGUCGAAUGAUUCCCUGCAAACAUGUAUUUUGUUUGUCCUGUGCCAAAAGAGAAGACAAAGUGUGUCCAAGAUGUAUGGAAAAGGUUUCCAGAGUAGAACAAACUGGCUUGGGUACAGUAUUCAUGUGUACACAUGGAGGAACUAGAUAUGGUAAUGCUGGUUGCCGAAGAACGUAUCUUAGUCAAAGGGAUCUGCAGGCCCACAUAAACCAUCGGCACGUUUCAACACCGGCGUCUCAAGUGGUUCAGAACAUGCACGUGGACGGUGGGCAGGGUUAUGCGGGUCAUCCAAAAAACGCGGAGUUGCUGCUAGAGGCGCAGCUUAUGGCCAAGGGUGGCGGGCCAAAUAAUCGCAUGAAGGCCAUGGCCGCAAGUCACAUGGUGCCGGGUGUAGUGAUGGGUAACGACCCGCGCGUCAACUCGGUCGGCCAGCAGUCUUCGUCGUUAGAUCAUCGGCAGCCUCCUCAGCAUAGACAUUACUCCCAGAACUCGGCUGCAGUGCAGCAGCAGCAGCAGCAGCAGGCUAGCAACGCGCAAAUGAGAUCGAAUUUGAUUACGGUACCGAUACAGGAUACCACUACCACCAUCAGCUCACACGAAUUGCAGCAGCCAAGUCAUCAUUAUUACCAUCCGGAUAAUCACGUCAAUGCUAGUUUGACGGCAAGACACGUCGUACUCUCGGGUCAAGCACCACCACCUCCGCCUCAAGUCAGCUACGGUGGCUACGGAGUCAGUGUCGGGCCACCUCCACCGCCACCUUCGCAAACACAGCAAUACUAUGGAGCUCAACACGGACACCCCUCGCAGAUGGCCUACGUGACGGCCCAGCAACAGCAGCAACAACAAUACGGUGCUUCGGGACCAUCUCAGGCACGCUCUGCUUAUGUCCAGGAAACACAGUACACUGUAGCUCAGGCGCAACAGCCGCCACAAACGCAGCAACAACAGUGGGCCCAACAUCAGCAGCAGUUUUUCAGAUAGAGAUGAUCAAUUAGAGAUAGGCCGAUUGAUUUGCGCGAAGUAAGACAGAGAAAAAGUGCUUUGCCGUGAAUUAUUUAUAACUCCUGCAAGCAAACAAAUGGACCUACGGCACUCGUGUUAAUCUUGUGUUGAGUCGACUUGUGAAAAAUUGAAAUUUGUACAGAUUAAGCACAAAAAUUCAUCCGACUAUUACGGGAACUCGAAUCGGAUGUGACUCGGAUUAAUUGUUGUACAUAAGUAUUAGCUUUAGUACUUGUUGCUCUAUUAACUUUUAAUAGACGUUCAAUUAGUGUGAAAAAAACUGGGAAACAUAAUGAUGCAUCAAAGCCGUAACAGGUAAAAGUACCUUUUUUAUCGAUCCUAUGGUUGCAUCAAUUUCAUUUUUCAAAUUAUAAUAAAUUUCACUUGGAUCUUCGCCAUUUCGUUCUAGUUGACAGUUGAACUAGAAAUUUUUUUUGGAUACCUUAUACUCUGAUUUUUGUGUACUGAUAUCCAUUGAUAUAUUAUAUUUAUAUAUUAUAUUAUUGUGUAUGAUUAUACAUGUAACGUUUAAUGGGUAACAAUCCAACCGUCUUAAACAUAAAGUAUGAAUUAAUAAUGGAACAAGUAUCAGCAUGACCAAACCAGUUUACUGUUUAUCAAGAGAGGUGGGUGGGGGGGGGGGGGUAUAUAUUGAAGUUACAUAAUGAAUAACUCGGGAAAGUACGUUUUGACGCCAUUAGAUUCCAUGAAAUAAAAAAACAUGUAUAUAUAAAAAAUAUAAAAGCAAAAUGGGAAUUACUAGUAUUUAUUGCCAAGUUACAUGUACUUACCACGUUUGUACUUGGUUAACUUUAUCUUGGAAAAAAAUAUUCUUCUUUUUCGACGAAUGUAAUUCAAAUUUAAUCUAAUUUGGUAGCCAAGUACACGAAAAUCAGCAAGUUCACAAGUUUUUAGUGCAGUAAUAGUAGUUAAUGAAUUCCCCCAGAUGCCAGUAUUUUAUUAUACCUUGAAAAUUUACUUGGUAUAAACUUGAAAAUCAAUUAUAAAAUAUCUUGAUUAUCUAGCUAAUUACAUUGGAUAGAAAUAUAUUUUUACAAAAAAUCAUCUUUUAGCUGAAACAAAUCAAAAUGAAACUAUUAUAUAUUAAUAAAAUUAUUGUUUUACAUUCUAACUACAGAGAUUACUCAAGUAAAUAAUAAACUUGAAUGACGAUUAAAUGAGCAUUGGAUGUAUCAAGAAAUUUAUAACGAAUGAUUUGUGUUUCCUAUAUGGGAAGCAAGUUGAAGAACAGAGUAUCGCUGUCCAAAAAUUUCAGAUAAACAGAAUAAUAUUGUUGGCAUAUUUUAUAUUUUUCAUCAAACGAAGGUGACCAAGCCCGAGUCGUGCUUGUAGAGCAAUAAAUAGAGCAGUAGAAUUUUUUUAAAA